AUGUGGGCGAAUGACAAAGGAACCGACCCAGUUGGCGGUGAAGUUGUUGGGGUCGGAGAUGAUGCCCUACUUCAAGGCUUGGAGAGUGAUGUAGGCAUUGUGGAGGCGGGGGUCCUCGAAGUAGAUGGAUGGGUAGACGGCAAUGCUCUCUCUGCGGUUGCCAAACUCGUCGAGGUAGCGGAGGAGGUGGCAAUGCUGGUGUAUUGGGUGGUGGCUCCAUGGGCGGUGGUGGACAGGAUGGUGAAGGAGGAGAAGAAGGUGAAGAAGAUGUCAAAUGAAUUUCGGAGGAACGCCGUCCUUUUACACAAUCUUUCUCCACGUGAGAUGGCAAAUAUUUCCGACGAGGAUGAUUUAGAUUUGGAAAGCCAGGUUAGAAUAAUGAACAAGCCAUCCAUCAAGACUUUUACGACUAAAGAAGGAGACACAAUUGACUGUGUUGAUAUCAACAAGCAACCAGCACUUGAUCAUCCCCUACUGAAGAAUCAUAAAGUUCAGAAAGAGCCGAAUCUACACGUGAGCUUGCGCAAAACUUCUCCGAUUGCAAAAUCGGUGGUUUCUCUAACAGACCUCAUGGUAGAAAAUAUUAAAUACGGAGGAGGUGGACGUGUGACGGUCUACAAUCUAACUACUACUCCUGAUCAAUUUACUUCACAUCAUGUGUGGAUUGAAUCUGGUCCCUCGGAGAAUGUUAGCAUGAUUAUAGCUGGUUGGAUGGUUGCUCCACCAUUAUUUGGCGAUACCAUUUCUCGGUUGUUCACGUAUUGGACGGGUGAUGGCUAUCGCAAUGGGUGCUAUAAUGCACUAUGUCCGGGUUUCGUCCAAGUGAGUAGGGAAGUAACCCCCGGUUUUAUAUUAAAACCUACUUCUACUUAUGGUGGAGAUCUAUAUGAGCUUGCAAUUGAUAUCGAACAGGAUCGAAAUACUGGGAAUUGGUGGUUGGUUGUGCUCGGGGCAAAGAUUAAAGUAGGCUACUGGCCAAAGGAACUAUUUUCAUAUUUGCGCGAUGGCUCACAAUACAUAGCUUGGGGAGGAAUUGGCUCAGCUGGAAGCGAUGGGAUCUGUCCCCCAAUGGGAAAUGGUCACAUGCCUUAUGAUAAUUUGAAGCAUGCUGCCAUCUUUCGACAACUCCAUUGGGUUCGAUCAGAUGGCAAAUCCCUACCUCCUUCGGAUAACACGAGGGAGUGGGUGGAUAGAUCCAAUGUUUAUGGUUUGGUGAACCAUCACCAUGUGAAACAAGAUCGAAGUGGCUAUGCCAUUAGUUUUGGAGGUCCGGGGGGUUAUUGCAGGGGAUAG